CAUGGUCCGAGCGCCGUACACUUCUCAGCGAGGCAUUUCCACCAGUAUACAUAUUCUACUGGCCCACGUUUUUUCGCUUUAGUUACGUUGCUGUGCUUCAUUCUCCUAGUCGUGGCCCUCACUGGCCUUCAUUCAGUGGACCCCUUGCCGCGGUUAACAACGAGUUAACAAUGACCAGGCCCGCGGCUCAUUUAGUAGCCCAUGGCGGCGUCCACGCCAUGGACAGCCCCAGCUGGCCUCGCGUUUCUAAUUCUGGUUGGACUCUUCACAUUCCAACCGUUUCAAAGGAGGCCGUCAAUGCCACACAUCCAUCGCUUCACUCGGCGUUCAAGCUCCUCAAUCAACAUUCUGACAGUCGUGCUUGUAGCCUUCCUUCUCAUUGGCGCAGACGCCAAGGGCGGCACUCACAAGCCCGCCAAGCGUGUUGCCGAUGCCGCAGCUGACUACGAACGUGAUCCACAACGCCAAGCCUUGGCCCCUGUCAACCCCAACGCUAAUAAUGCUGCUGCUGCUCCCACACAGCUGCUGCCGCUACAAACGGUCCACCACCUGCUCCCAAUGCUGCUCCUCCGCCCAUUCCGCCUCCUCCUACUCCUCAACCUGACGUUCUUGCCGCUCAAGCUAGAAUCCUCGGUUGUGUAGAACUUGUCCUUGGAGAGUCUCCCAACCAAAAUGUUAAAAGCCAUUCCUGAUGCUUGCAGGUAGCCGGCAUCCUUUCUCAGCAGCAAUCAGGCACCUUUAUGCCAAAUGUGUCCACACACCUACUACCCUGCCCCUGAUGCCGACCAUUAAGUUGGACGUCAUCGUUUUGUGUUACCUGAUCACGAGAACAACUGCACUGACCCCACUUCCACCGCUGGCUAUCACAAUGCCCACUUGUGCAUGAGCAGAAAUCCCACGUCACGGCAAUCAUCAUAGGAUUUGUGGGUGGCACCCAUCACUUUCCGAUACUCACGACGACCCCGGCUUACGGCCGCACGGCACCCUUCCUAAGGAAGUAGGUGACUGGAGCCCCUCAUCCCCCUCCCCCGCCAUUGCCACAAAUUCUGCACCUACAGGCAUCGGCUCAUCCUUUUUGCAUUGCUCCUCGAGUGGCUGUUGCUGCAGUACCACGGAAAUUACUCUUUAAUGCUGCCAGUACAGUGUCAUGAACUGAACAGGGAAGAAGGAACCGAUGACUAACCACAACCACACAUGCCUAACGUCUGUGCUUAUGGUUGUUGUGGCUGGGUGUGA